AUGAACUCUUUUAUAUCAGUAGUGAAUGAGGAAGAGCAUCACAUCACUACACCUGAUUUGCCAAAUGUCGAAAUCGGUUCAGAAACAACAAAAAAUCAAAGAAGUUUGCUUGCACCUAAAGUAGUGACCUUGGAGGAUCAUGAAACCAUUGCACUUGCAGAGAAACUGUUAUACCCCUGCUUGCUUAACCUGGCUCCUGAUGAAGGACAACCAAGCGUGCUGAUUGACUCUGAAAUUGUUAGUGCUGACAGAUUGUUAAAUUACGAAAUGUGUUUAGCAACGUCGGAAACCCAAACGUAUUUACCUGCACCAGAAGAGAAUAUGGAAGAGCGUCAUAUUGAUUUAGCUGUAGAGAAAAUCUCACCUCCCUGCUCCCUCAACCUGCCACCUGAUGAAGAACAACAAAGCCUGUUGUAUGAUUCUGAAAUGUUGUGUGAUGACGACUUUCCUAAUGUCGAAACCUGUUCAACAACGCCGGAAAGUGAAGCCAGUAUGCUUGUACAAGAAGGUACUUUGGAGGAUCAUCAAAACAUUGCACUAGCAAAGAAACUGUUAUCCCCCUGCUUGUUCAACCUGUCAACGUACCAACAGUUAACGAUGAGGAUCAUGUAA